AUGUCGGCUUCGCUCCCGGGCUCUCGCGAGCUGCCCGCAUCGCAGCAUGAUCUGACCACCUACUUUGGGCGGGUGCGGCAUACGAUUGGGGUCACCGAUCCAAGCACGCUACUCGCUGGAAAGACUGGUCUCGAGAGGGCUAAGACACUCGUCACUGACUACAAGACGGGCAAGAUCGAACACAUGACACCGGAACUAUGGCGAGCCAAGAAGAUUGUCGACUCUACGCUUCACCCAGACACGGGGGAGUCUAUCCUUCUGCCUUUCCGCAUGUCCAGCUUUGUCCUUACCAAUCUGGUGGUCACGGCUGGUAUGCUGCAGCCCGGGUUGGGCGCUGGAGGCACCGUCGCCUGGCAGGUCGUCAACCAGAGCAUCAACGUCGCAUUCAACAAUGCAAAUGCCAACAAGUCAUCGCCGUUGACCUUUGUCGAUCUGGCCAAGUCAUACUUUGUCGCUGUCGGAGCCUCGUGCUCUGUCGCUCUGGGUCUGAAUGCCAUGGUGCCUAGAUUAAAGGUGUCAGUCAGUACUCGUAACAUCCUCCAGCGAUUAGUCCCCUUCGCAGCUGUCGCCUCGGCCGGAGCCCUCAAUGCCUAUUUGAUGCGAAGGAAAGAGAUCGAGACCGGCAUCGACGUUCGUCCCGUCCUCUCCGAGGAAGAGAAGAAGAAACUCCAGGAGGAAGGCAAGUCGGAGACAGAUAUCCCCGCUCUAGGUAAGAGCAGGAAGGCAGCCAAGCUCGCCGUGUAUGAGACGGCCGCCAGCAGAGUUUUCAACAACACGCCCAUCAUGAUCGUGCCGGCGCUGGCUCUGUACCACAUCCAGACCAAGCAGGCAUGGUAUAAGAACCUGCUGGCAAAGGAAUUCUUCAAGACCCGGCCCAAGCUUGCCGGUACAGUGCCCAUUGGCAUCAACCUAGCGUUGAUUGCCGUCACCUCCUUUGCGGCGCUCCCACUAGCGCUAUCUGUCUUCCCUCAAUAUCAGAAGAUCAGCGCAGACAGCCUGGAGCCGGAGUUCCAUGGCAGAGGCGGUGUUGAUGGCAAGGUCAUCUUCAACCGUGGCCUCUAA